AGGUCUGGUGCUGCAAGGAUGGCCGCUCAGCGAGACAAAACCCUCAGCUCGAGUUUCCCCGGGACAAUAGAGUCAGGCCUCAGGGGUGGAGUGGAUGUUGACCCUCUGUCUGUUCCCCAAGUAUUCCCACUUUCCUGUGUGGUGCAACAGUAUGCCUGGGGGAAGAUGGGUUCCAACAGUGAAGUGGCCCGGCUACUGGCCAGCAGUGACCCACUGGCCCGGAUCUCAGAGGACAAGCCAUAUGCAGAGCUGUGGAUGGGGACCCACCCCCGGGGAGAUGCCAAGAUUCUUGACAAUCGCAUCCCGCAGAAGACCUUAGGCGAGUGGAUUGCUGAGAACCAGAACUGCUUGGGCUCAAAAGUCAAGGACACCUUUAAUGGCAAGCUGCCCUUCCUCUUCAAAGUACUCUCAGUUGAAACGGCCCUCUCUAUCCAGGCACACCCUAACAAGGAGCUGGCAGAGAAGCUGCACCUGCAGGCUCCACAGCACUACCCCGAUGCCAACCAUAAGCCAGAAUUGGCCAUUGCCCUCACCACCUUUCAAGGCUUAUGUGGCUUCCGGCCAGUUGAGGAAAUUUUGACCUUUCUGACAAAGGUGCCUGAGUUCCAGUUCCUGAUUGGAGAUAAUGCAACAACACAGCUGAAGCAGAGCCUAAGCCACGACUCCCAGGCCAUGGCUUCUGCUCUGCAGAGCUGUUUCUCCCACUUGCUGAGGAGUGAGAAGAAGGUGGUGGUGGAGCAACUCAACUUGUUGGUUAAGCGGAUCUCCCAGCAAGUGGCUGCUGGAAAUAAUGUGGAAGACAUCUGUGGGGAGCUCUUGCUGCAGCUGCACCAGCAGUAUCCAGGUGAUAUUGGAUGCUUUGCCAUCUACUUCCUGAACCUGCUUACCCUGAAGCCAGGGGAAGCCAUGUUUCUGGAGGCCAAUGUGCCCCAUGCCUACCUGAAAGGAGACUGCGUGGAGUGCAUGGCAUGUUCAGACAACACAGUACGUGCUGGCCUGACACCCAAGUUCAUUGAUGUGCCAACUCUGUGUGAAAUGCUCAGCUAUACCCCCAGCCCAAGCAAGGACAGGCUCUUUCCUCCAAAGUGGAGUCAGGAAGACCCCUACCUUACUCUCUAUGACCCGCCUGUUCCAGAUUUCACUGUUAUGAAGAUGGAGGUCCCUGGCUCAGUCACUGAGUAUAAGGUCUUGGCAGUGGACUCCGCCAGCAUCCUCCUGAUGGUGCACGGCACAGUAACAGCCAGCACUCCCACAGCCCAGGCAGUGAUUCCUCUGCAGAGUGGUGGGGUGCUCUUCAUUGGGGCCAAUGAGUGUGUCUUACUGAAGCUUACUGUGCCUGAGGACCUGCUGAUAUUCCGUGCCUGCUGUCUGCUGUAGAGGCCAUAGCCAUCCCGGUUCUCCUGCCCAGUCAUCCUAAAUCGUGGCCAGCCUUACCACCUCAGGCCCAAUUCCUGCUCUGGGUACUCCUAGAAGAGCUGGUGU